GCCAUGAAAACAAAAAGUAUAACAAAAUACAAUAUCUAUCCUCGAACUUGAUCGCUCGGUUGGUCCGUUUGGAAGCCACAGAUCAUCAGAGUAGUAGGUUCAGGACACCCUUUUCCAAUUUCUUUCAUUUUUCAAAGAAAUUUUCAUCAUCUCUCAGUUUUCAUUUUUAGUUUUCAGAUUCUGUGGGUAUAUAUCUGCUCCAACUUGUUUACAGUACAUUGAUUUUGUAGCCGGCGGGAACCUCUCAUGGUUUCCGGUGAACUUUGUAACUGGGUUGUUGAGGGAGAGGUGUUUACUCAAUUGCGUGAGUGAGUGAGGAGCGAGUGUUUGAGUAGUGUUGGGUUGCUGUUGAAGGGUUGUUGGGAAAAGGGGUAUAAUUAAUCUCAGCUUCAGUUGUCCCUAAAGUCGGUUUCUUUAACCUUCUCCUCGAUAUUUUUUUGAACAUCUCGUGUCACCUUUUUCUAGCCAAGGAUUCCUCAACCGAGUAGCCAGUUCAUCAAGCACUUGGAAACGCUAAUAUUCUUCCUUUUGUUAGAGCUGUAUCUUCUUUGAUUUCAGUAUUCUGUCUCAAGCCUCAUCUCACCUAUUUGGGCUAUCAAUAGGUGAGCAAUCUUAAAGAUUUCGCCUUCCUGGCUAGUUCUAUUUGCUGAUGUUAUCUGGGUUUUGUAUUUUUUUUUUCCCUGAUUGCGUGAGUGUAUAAGUUUUCAAAUUUAGUCAAUUCAUUGUAAGAGUCUGCUUUGACUGAUGCGAUAGGUUGAUUCCUUUCUUUUAUAGUAAUACGAGGUCCACUGAUGAGUACAUCAGAUCUGAAUUAUGUCGCUGAUGUUGCUUAUUGGUGAUCUGAGUUCUUCUUUUCUUGCAGUUUAGUUCUUAUAGAUUAGGAGUUUGAUUCAUUGGUUAAAAGAUGAACGGCGCUGUAUUAGUGGCUGUUGCUGCAUGCAUUGGUAGCUUCUUGCAAGGAUGGGAUAAUGCUACUAUUUCUGGGGCUAUUGUUUACAUCAAGAAGGACCUUGAUUUGCAAACUACAGUCGAAGGUCUAGUUGUGGCCAUGUCACUUAUUGGAGCCACAGCGAUCACAACAUGUUCAGGAGCAAUUUCAGAUUGGCUUGGCCGGCGUCCAAUGCUAAUAAUUUCGUCUACGCUUUACUUUGUUAGUGGUUUAAUAAUGGUUUGGUCUCCAAAUGUUUAUAUCCUGUGCAUAGCAAGGCUUUUAGACGGAUUUGCAAUUGGCUUAGCUGUUACACUUGUUCCAGUGUAUAUAUCUGAGACUGCUCCGUCAGAUAUAAGGGGAAUGUUAAAUACCCUCCCUCAGUUCACUGGUUCAGGAGGGAUGUUUUUGUCGUAUUGUAUGGUUUUUGGGAUGUCAUUAACACCCUCACCAAGUUGGAGGUUGAUGCUUGGAAUUCUUUCUAUUCCUUCUCUGCUAUAUUUUGCAUUGACAAUAUUUUAUUUGCCUGAAACUCCUCGAUGGCUUGUGAGCAAAGGUAAGAUGCUUGAGGCUAAACGAGUUCUGCAGAGAUUACGUGGGAGAGAAGAUGUUUCAGGGGAGAUGGCUUUACUGGUUGAAGGUCUUGGUAUCGGGGGUGAAACUUCAAUAGAGGAGUACAUAAUAGGCCCUGCAGAUGAACUUGCUGAUGAUCAUGAACCCACUGCUGAGAAAGAUAAAAUCAAACUAUAUGGGUCUGAAGCAGGCCUCUCCUGGGUUGCCAAACCUGUCACUGGGCAGAGUUCUCUUGCUCUUGUAUCACGCCAGGGAACCAUGGUGAACCAAAGCAUGCCUCUUAUGGAUCCUCUUGUGACUCUUUUCGGUAGUGUUCAUGAAAAGCUUCCUGAAACAGGAAGCAUGCUUUUCCCUAAUUUUGGUAGCAUGUUUAGUACAGCAGAACCUCAUGUUAAACAUGACCAUUGGGAUGAAGAGAGCCUACAGAGAGAAGGUGAGGACUACACAUCAGAAGCUGGUGGGGGAGACUCGGAUGACAAUUUACAGAGUCCAUUAAUCUCACGGCAGACAACAAGCAUGGAAAAGGAUAUGCACCCUCCACCUUCCCAUGGCAGCAUUUUUAGCAUGAGACACCAUAGCAGUCUCAUGCACGGAGAAGCUGUUGGUGCUACCGGUAUUGGUGGUGGUUGGCAGUUGGCAUGGAAAUGGUCUGAGAGAGAAGGAGAGGAUGGAAAGGAAGGAGGUUUUAAAAGGAUUUAUUUGCACCAAGAGGGAGUCCCUGGAUCUCGUCGUGGGUCUCUUGUUUCACUUCCUGGUGGUGAUGUUCCUGCAGAAGGCGAGUAUGUCCAGGCUGCUGCUUUGGUAAGUCAGCCUGCUCUUUAUUCCAAGGAGCUUCUGGAUCAGCAUGCAGUUGGACCUGCAAUGAUUCACCCAGCUGAAACUGCCAAAAAGGGGAUAAUUUGGGAUGCUUUACUUGAUCCAGGAGUUAAGCGUGCAUUGAUUGUUGGGGUUGGAAUUCAAAUUCUUCAGCAGUUAUCUGGUAUCGGUGGUAUUCUCUAUUACACUCCUCAGAUUCUCGAAGAGGCAGGUGUUGAAGUUCUUCUUGUUAACCUGGGACUUACUUCGACAUCUGCGUCUUUCCUUAUUAGUGCAUUCACAACAUUUCUGAUGCUUCCUUGUAUAGCUGUAGGCAUGAGGCUUAUGGAUGUCUCAGGCAGAAGGACUCUGCUACUCACCACAAUUCCUGUCCUUAUAGCCUCCCUCAUCAUCCUAAUUAUUGGCCAACUCGUGGACUUGGGUACAGUCGCCAAUGCAGCAAUUUCAACUGUUUGUGUUGUCAUCUACUUCUGCUGCUUUGUUAUGGCUUAUGGGCCAAUUCCAAAUAUCCUCUGCUCAGAGAUCUUCCCCACAAGGGUUCGUGGUCUGUGCAUUGCUAUAUGUGCCCUAGUGUACUGGAUUGCGGAUAUCAUUGUUACCUACACUCUGCCUGUAUUGCUAACUUCAGUUGGCCUAAAGGGUAUCUUUAUCAUUUUUGCCGUUAUGUGCACCAUCUCUUGGGUCUUCGUCUUCUUGAAGGUCCCAGAAACCAAAGGCAUGCCCCUUGAAGUCAUUUCAGAGUUCUUUGCUGUUGGCGCAAGACAAGCUGCUGCUGCCAAGAGUGAUUGACAGAAGAAGUUUGGAUGGCCUGCUGAUUCUUUUGCAGUUUUGAGCUGCUAGAGAUGCCAUCACGUUGAGAACAAAGGUCUUCUAAUUAAACAAUUAAAUUGCCAUUGUGUUUCAAAUUUUUUGCAUUAUAAUAUUAAAUAUAGAGAUAAUUGAUUCA